AUGGAAGGCCAGAAGGCAAACAAGCUCGAAGCAGACGUCAUCAUCGUUGGCGCAGGUUUCAGUGGUUGUUAUGCUUUAUUCAAAGUCCGGGAGGCAGGGUUCUCUGCCAAGAUUCUUGAACGCGGAGACGACUUUGGCGGCGUCUGGCAUUUCAAUCGGUAUCCCGGUGCCAGGGUUGAUUCCGACACGCCCGCCUACCAGUUCAGCUUGCCCAGGGUCUGGGCUGAUUUCCACUUCACUGAGCGGUUUCCUGGUUGCGAGGAAAUCCGUAGGUACUUUCGCCAUGUCGAUGCAACGCUGGGUCUGCGUCAGGACACCAUUUUCGACGCCCAGGUAGACGAGGCGAAGUACGACACCGAGGCCGGGCGCUGGCAAUUUAGGACGACCAAGGGGCUACGCGCGACGUCCAAGCAUGCGAUAUUCGCAUGCGGCUCGAUGAACAAGCCGUACAUGCCACUUUUCCCAAACCAAGACCUGUUCGAUGGGCUUGUUAUACACCCGUCCGCUUGGCCCGACAAACUCUCGCUGACGGGCAAGAAGAUUGGCAUCGUCGGUCAAGGCGCGUCCGGUCUGCAAAUCGUGCAGGAGCUUGCACCACUCGACUGCGAGCUGACGGUUUUUGUCCGCAACCCUUGUAUCGCGGUCCCGAUGCAUCAGAGACAGCUGUCGUACCGAGAGUCAGAGGAGAUGAAACACUAUUACGAUGCCAUAUUCGCAAAGGCCAAGUUCGGCUCGUCUUCGGCCCUCCCGUACAAUCAGAAUUCUGACUCGCUACUCCGCGCGACCGAGACCGAACGAAACGACCUGUUCGAGCGAUUGUGGAACAGAGGUGGCCUCGGCCUCACGCAGUCAAACUAUCGCGAUAUUGUCCUCGACGAGAAGGCCAAUGCAUGCUUGUACGAUUUCUGGGUUCGAAAAACGCGAAGCCGGAUGACGGACCCCGACAAAAUGGACAUCGUCGCGCCUUUGCAGCAGUUUGAAUGGUUCGGAUCAACACGCGUCAAUCUUGAGACGAACUACUACGAGGCGCUGGACCAACCGAAUGUCAAAGUGGUGAACCUCAAGGAGACGCCGAUCCGGUCCUUUGACAGGCAUGGGAUUCUCGCCGGUAGCUCUGAUGUUGCUACACACCACGACUUGGACGUUGUCAUCAUGGCCACCGGCUACGACGGCGUGACAGGUAGCCUGCUGAACAUGAACAUCCGUGACAAGAACGGCGUUCGGCUCAAAGAUGUUUGGAGAAGCGGUAUCAGCACGUACCUUGGCAUGAUGAUCCCCAAUAUGCCCAAUGCAUUCGUGCUGUAUGGGCCGCAAGGGCCGACGACGCAGACCAACGCGCCGCCUUUUAUUGAGCUCCAGGUUGACUGGGUGAUGAGGCUCCUAGAGAGGAUGCGUCGGGAUAAGCUACAUUCCAUCGAGCCAGCGGAAGAGUCUUGCCGAUCUUGGAAACGUCUG